UUCCACCGGGCGUUGAGGAAGAGACGGUGAUUCAAUAGAAGCAGCUAGUCGUUGUAACAACAAUAAUAAUCAUCAUCUUCUACACCACCUAAUAUAUAUAUGUUCUUUCUUGAACAACAACCUAGAGAGAGAGAGAGAGAGAGAUUGAGCAAAUUUUGGUCUCAAGUCACAAUCAGCAUCAUCCAUCACUUCCAGAUCCAGACUUUGAACUCACGAUACCAUUUUCCAAACUUCACAACACUAAUCACUCGAUCCAGAUCAGAAGAUUACUUCACCUCUGUGGUCGAUUGAUUGGAUGCUUGUUAUUAUUAAUGGUGUCAGCAUUAUCUUGAAGGUUAAAUGGAGAACAAAACGAGGAUGAAGAACAAAUACAAGAAACCAACCACUUUAAAUUGCUAUGCAGGAAGCAGAUAUCGGUUCUCCCUUAUGGUAUGCAGCUUCAUAGGAUGCGUACUCCUGUUUCACGUGUACUUCCUUAACCAAAGUCAACACAGUCAACACGCGGUAAUGCAAAUGAACAGUGACCAUCCAUAUUACCGUGAGCUAGUAGAAGUGGAAGACGAUGGCAUUAAAAUCCCACCACCUAGAAAGCGGUCCCCACGUGCUAUUAAACGGAAACCUAAACGACCAACCACCCUGAUUGAAGAGUUUCUCGAUGAAUCUUCUCAACUUAGAUACAUAUUCUUUCCUGGUCAAAAGACUGCCAUUGACCCACUUAAUGAUGCUGGUAACGAAAGUCUUUAUUAUCAUCCUGGUAGAAUCUGGUUGGAUACUGACGGGAAUCCUAUUCAAGCUCAUGGUGGAGGUAUUCUAUAUGAUGAUCGAUCAAGAACGUACUACUGGUAUGGUGAAUAUAAAGAUGGACCCACUUACUAUGCUCACAAAAAGGCAGCAGCUCGGGUUGACAUCAUCGGUGUGGGUUGCUAUUCUUCAAAAGAUCUUUGGACAUGGAAGAACGAGGGUAUCGUGUUAGCAGCCGAAGAAGCAAACGAAACGCAUGAUCUUCAUACAUCUAAUGUAUUAGAAAGACCAAAAGUAAUUUAUAACAAAAAUACAAAUAAAUAUGUAAUGUGGAUGCAUAUUGACGACGCCAACUACACCAAAGCGUCUGUAGGAAUCGCCAUCAGCAACUCCCCGACGGGCCCCUUCGACUACAUCAGAAGCACAAGACCACACGGUUUCGAAAGUCGAGACAUGACCAUUUUCAAAGAUGAUGAUGACGUGGCGUAUCUGGUGUACUCUUCAGAAGACAACAGUGAGCUUCAUAUUGGGCCGCUGACACAAGAUUACCUUGAUGUGACAAAUGUCAUGAGACGGAUUCUCGUGGGCCAGCACCGUGAAGCUCCAGCGCUGUUCAAGCAUGAAGGGACUUAUUACAUGAUCACUUCGGGUUGCACUGGGUGGGCUCCAAACGAGGCCCUGGCCCAUGCAGCGGAAUCUGUUAUGGGCCCAUGGGAGACGAUGGGGAAUCCAUGUGUUGGGGGUAACAAAGUCUUUCGGCUUGCUACGUUUUUCGCCCAAAGCACGUUUGUUCUUCCUUUACAUGGGUUUCCGGGUGUUUUUAUAUUUAUGGCAGACCGAUGGAACCCUGCGGAUUUACGGGACUCGAGGUAUGUAUGGUUGCCUUUGUUGGUUGGGGGACCUGUAGACCGCCCCCUUGACUACUCGUUCGGGUUCCCUUUGUGGCCUCGGGUGUCGAUAUAUUGGCAUAAAAGAUGGAAACUUCCCUAUAAAUGGAGUGGUAAAAACUAAAAAGUGAUACAUGGAGUUAUUUCUUUUGUUUUUUUUUUCCUCAAUUUAGGGGUGUACUUAUUUUGUGUACAUUAGGUGGUAGAGGCUGUAUUGCUGUGUAUUGAGUGUGCAUUUUAUAGAGAGAAUAAUGAAAGCAUGAUAGAUGACUCCGGUCCAGCCAUUUUUAUUUGGUUAUAGAAGUUCAGAAUUCUUCAAA